UUUAAUAUUUAAAAAUGGAGAACAUUUAACCUUCUCUAUUUCCAGCCUCUCUACACACCCACGCUCUUCUCUUCUCUUCUCUUUGUUCUGAGCUGAUUCUCUGUAAGAAAUAUGGGGAGAAAUGUAGUUUCUGAUGACGAAGACGAGGUAGAGUUUGAGGACGAGGACAGAGAGCCAGUGGAUGGAGACGCAAUCGAGGGACGUGACGACGACGAUGAGGAGGAUGAAGACGAGGAAGGGCAGGAUGAAUAUGAGAAGGAUGGAUUUAUAGUAGAUGAUGUUGAAGAAGAGGAGGAAGAAGAGGAGGAGGAGGAGGAGAGACAAGACAGUGAUGAGGAGAGGCAGAAAAAGAAGAAAAGAAGGAAGAAAAAGGAAUCUGAGGAUGUUCUUGAUGAAGAUGAUUAUUUGCUUCUCCAGGAUAACAAUAUUAACAUUCAAAAGAAAAAGUUCAAGAGGUUGAAGAAAGCUCAGAAAGAUUCGGAAGAUGGUCGAUUUGGCUUAUCUGAUGAGGAAUUUGAUGGGAGUGGCAAAGUUGGACGAACUGCUGAGGAGAAGCUCAAAAGAAGCUUAUUUGGUGAUGAUGAAGGUAUGCCGCUUGAAGAUAUGGCUGAAGAAGAGGAACCAGUAGAAGAGGAAGAGGAUGGAGACAUUGGAGAAGAUGAUGAAAUGGCAGAUUUUAUUGUGGAUGAAGAAGAGGUGGAUGAACAUGGUGCUCCUGUCAGACGGAGGAAGUUGAAGAAAAAGAAGUCUAGGCAGGCACCGGGAGUUUCUUCAUCUGCUUUGCAGGAAGCUCAUGAAAUAUUUGGUGAUGUUGAUGAACUCCUGCAACUUCGAAAGCAAGGUUUAGAUUCUAGUGAAUGGAAAGAAAGGAGACUUGAGGAUGAGUUUGAACCAAUCGUUCUUACUGAAAAGUAUAUGACAGAGAAGGAUGAUCAGAUUCGCAUGACUGAUAUUCCAGAAAGAAUGCAGAUAUCUGAGGAAAGCACCGGUACUCCCCCUACUGAUGAAGUUAGCAUAGUGGAAGAGAGUAGCUGGAUAUACAAUCAACUUACAACUGGUUCAGUACCUUUAUUGAAGCAGAUUAGUGGAGGGAAAGAUUUGUCUAUAAACAAGGAUGACAUUACUAAAUUUUUGGAAUUACAUCAUGUGCAGAAGUUAGAUAUUCCCUUCAUUGCUAUGUAUCGGAAGGAGCAGUGCCUGAGCCUACUGACAGAUCCUGACCAGGGUGAAAUUGAUGAUAAUAAUGUUGAAAAAUCUGAAAGAAACCCUACAAUAAAGUGGCACAAGAUACUUUGGAUGAUUCGGGACUUGGACAGAAAGUGGUUACUUCUUCAGAAGCGUAAAAGUGCACUUCUUUCGUACUAUAAUAAAAGAUUUGAAGAAGAAUCCCGUCAAAUUUAUGACGAAACAAGACUUAAUUUAAACCAGCAGCUUUUUAAAUCGAUUCUUAAGUCUUUAAGCGAUGCGGAAACAGAAAGGGAGGUUGAUGAUGUUGACUCAAAAUUCAACUUACAUUUCCCUCCGGGUGAGGUAGGUGUUGAAGGACAAUAUAAGAGGCCCAAGAGGAAAUCACAAUAUAGUAUCUGCAGCAAGGCUGGCCUUUGGGAAGUCGCAAGCAAGUUUGGUUACAGCGCUGAGCAAAUUGGAUUACAUUUAUCUUUAGAACAACAUGUGAGUGACGAAUUGGAGGAUGCUAAGGAAACACCAGAGGAGAUGGCUUCAAACUUUACAUGUGCAAUGUUUGAAACUCCUCAAGCUGUCCUUAAAGGGGCCAGGCACAUGGCUGCUGUUGAAAUAAGUUGUGAGCCAUGCGUCAGGAAGUAUGUCCGGAAGGAGUUCAUGGACAAUGCUGUUGUAUCAACAAGUCCGACUGCAGAUGGAAACAUGGCCAUAGAUUCGUUUCAUCAGUUUGCAGGGGUGAAGUGGUUGCGUGAGAAGCCGUUGAACAGUUUUGAGGAUGCACAGUGGCUCCUUAUCCAAAAGGCUGAAGAGGAGAAGCUUCUUCAAGUCACCUUUAAAAUGCCAGAAGAGUCUCUAAAUAAGUUACUUAAGGAAUUUGGCAUUUAUCUUAGUCAUGGCGUUAGCAAAUCUGCUCAAUUGUGGAAUGAGCAAAGGAAUUUGAUCCUGAAGGAUGCCCUUUUUGGUUUCCUUUUACCUUCAAUGGAGAAAGAAGCAAGAUCCUUGUUAACUAGCAGAGCUAAAAGUUGGUUACUUUUGCAGUAUGGAAACGUUUUAUGGAAUAAAGUUUCUGUAGGGCCCUAUCAAAAGAAGGAAGUGGAUAUAAACUCUGAUGAUGAAGCUGCUCCAAGGGUCAUGGCUUGCUGUUGGGGCCCUGGAAAGCCAGCAACCACCUUUGUAAUGUUAGAUUCAUCUGGGGAGGUGCUUGAUGUGCUUUACACUGGAUCUCUCACGUUACGGUCUCAAAAUAUUAAUGACCAGCAGCGUAAGAAAAAUGACCAACAACGAGUUUUGAAAUUUAUGACGGACCACCAGCCGCAUGUUGUUGUUCUUGGAGCUGUGAAUUUGUCUUGUACUCGACUGAAGGAUGAUAUUUAUGAGAUCAUCUUCAAGAUGGUGGAGGAAAAUCCUCGGGAUGUUGGGCAUGAGAUGGAUGAACUGGGCAUUGUAUAUGGGGAUGAGUCUCUUCCCCGACUCUAUGAAAAUUCUCGAAUUUCAUCUGAUCAGUUACCUGGGCAGUCAGGCAUUGUCAAGCGGGCUGUUGCUCUUGGGCGUUAUCUUCAGAAUCCAUUGGCCAUGGUUGCAACGUUGUGUGGACCAGGAAGGGAAAUCUUAUCUUGGAAACUUUGUCCUUCUGAGAACUUUCUCACUCCUGAUGAGAAAUAUGGGAUGGUUGAACAGGUUAUGGUAGAUGUGACAAACCAGGUGGGCCUCGACAUAAACUUGGCUACAAGUCAUGAAUGGUUAUUUGCUCCUUUACAAUUCAUCUCUGGGCUUGGGCCUAGAAAGGCAGCAUCUCUGCAGCGAUCCUUGGUAAGAGCUGGAACAAUUUUUACCCGAAAGGAUUUUGUGACAGUCCAUGGACUUGGUAAAAAGGUGUUUGUCAAUGCAGUUGGCUUUUGCCGCAUCCGGCGAAUUGGGCUGGCUGCUAGCAGUAGCCAGUUCAUUGAUUUGUUGGAUGACACUAGAAUACAUCCAGAAUCUUAUGGUCUUGCACAAGAGAUGGCAAAAGAUGUCUAUGAGGAAGAUGUCCGAGGUGAUACAAAUGACGACGAGGAUGCAGAGAUGGCAAUAGAGCAUGUUAGAGACCGGCCUAGUUUACUUAAAAGCCUUUAUCUUCCUAAUUAUCUGAAAAGCAAGAAUCGUGAGAAUAAGAGAGAAACUUUUUAUGAUAUACGAAGAGAAUUAAUGCAUGGUUUUCAAGAUUGGCGCAAACAGUAUAAAGAACCAAGUCAAGAUGAGGAAUUUUAUAUGAUAUCAGGUGAAACUGAAGAUACACUAGCUGAAGGUAGACUUGUGCAGGUCUCUGUUCGGCGGGUACAAGGGGGGAGAGCUAUCUGUGCACUAGAUUCUGGAUUGACUGGUAUGCUUAUGAAGGAAGACUAUUCGGAUGAUUGGAGGGAUAUUGCUGAGUUGUCUGAUAGGCUUCAUGAAGGUGACAUUUUGUCCUGCAAGAUCAAAUCAAUUCAAAAGAAUAGGUAUCAGGUGUUGCUCGUUUGUAAAGAUAGUGAGAUGAGAAGUAACCGGCAUCAGCAUGUCCUGAAUCUUGAUCCGUACUACCAUGAGGAUCAAAACAGUCUACAGAUUCAACAAGAUAAAGCUCGGAAAGAGAAGGAGCUUGCAAAGAAACACUUCAAGCCUAGGAUGAUUGUUCAUCCUCGCUUUCAGAAUAUAACGGCUGAUGAAGCAAGAGCGUACUUGUCCGACAAGGAGCCUGGUGAGAGUAUCAUUCAUCCAAGUUCUCGUGGGCCUUCUUAUUUAACUUUGACACUCAAAGUUUAUGAUGGAGUGUAUGCUCACAAGGAAAUAGUUGAAGGGGGAAAGGAGCACAAGGACAUCACGAGCUUGCUUCGUAUUGGAAAGACAUUAAAAAUUGGGGAGAACACUUUUGAGGACUUGGAUGAGGUUAUGGAUCGAUAUGUUGAUCCUUUGGUGUCUCAACUCAAGGCAAUGCUUAAUUAUCGGAAAUUCAAGAUGGGAACCAAAGUAGAAGUUGAUGAGCUCCUAAGGAUUGAGAAGUCUGAGAAUCCUUCAAGGAUUGUUUAUAGUUUUGGCAUAUCACAUGAGCAUCCUGGAACUUUCAUUUUAACUUAUAUACGGAGCACAAAUCCCCACCACGAGUAUAUUGGUUUGUAUCCCAAGGGAUUCAAGUUCCGGAAAAGAAUGUUUGAGGACAUUGAUCGUCUUGUGGCUUAUUUCCAGAGGCAUAUUGAUGACCCUGUGAAUGAAUCAGCACCAUCAAUUAGGUCAGUUGCUGCUAUGGUACCAAUGCGAAGCCCUGCAACCGGGGGCUCUUCCGGAGCAGCUGUCGGUAGCAGCUGGGGUGGUUCAACUAAUGAUGGGGGCUGGAGGGCCCAAUCUUUUGACAGGGAUCGGUCCUCUACACCCGGGUCAAGAUCAGGUAAACUUCUAAUAUAUUGAACAUGUUCUGUCUUC